AUGAACCUCUUCACCGCCAUCAACUCGGCUAUGCACAUCGCCUUGGAAACCGAUCCCACUGCAUGCGUCUUCGGAGAAGAUGUAGCAUUCGGUGGUGUCUUCCGUUGCUCAGUCGACUUGAGAGAUAAAUUCGGCCCCCAAAGAGUAUUCAACACUCCUCUCUCUGAGCAGGGUAUUGCUGGCAUGGCUGUUGGUAUGGCCGCGGUGGGUUACACAGCGAUCGCUGAAAUUCAAUUUGGGGAUUAUAUUUUCCCUGCGUUUGAUCAGAUUGUCAACGAAGCAGCUAAAUUUCGGUACCGCAGCGGCAACAGCUGGAACUGCGGCAAGCUAACAUUUCGUUCUUCUUGGGGUGCUGUAGGCCACGGAGGGCUAUACCACUCCCAGUCUCCCGAGGCGUAUUUUGCCCAUGCUGCGGGUCUUAAGAUUGUAAUCCCCAGAGGUCCUUAUCAAGCAAAGGGAUUGCUGCUGAGCUGCAUCCGUGAUGAAGAUCCUUGCCUUUUCUUUGAGCCGAAAGCACUCUACAGAGUUGCAACAGAUGAAGUUCCUACGGGCGACUAUAUGUUGAAUCUAUCAGAGGCAGAUAUUCUUAAGGAGGGAACUGAUGUUACUGCAGUGGCGUGGGGAACGCAGGUGCACCGCGUGCUGCGAGCAGCAGAGAUGGUAGAGGCUGAAGGUAUAAGCGUGGAGGUCAUUGACUUGCAAACGAUAGCCCCUUGGGAUGUAGAAACAGUAGUGAACUCGGUGAAGAAGACUGGGCGGCUUCUUGUUUCUCAUGAAGCACAGAGAACCAUGGGUUUCGCUGCAGAGAUCGCUGCUACUGUACAGGAGAAAUGCUUCUUCAACUUAGAAGCCCCAAUCAAACGCGUCACAGGCUAUGACACGCCUUUCCCGCUAGCCUAUGAAACUGUCCGUAACACAGCAGCAGCAGCAGCAGCAGCAGCAGCAGUAGCAGUAGCAUUCUACCUGCCAGAUGAAUACAAACUGGUGGACGCAAUGAAGGAGCUGAAGUCUCACUAA